AGCAUUACGUGGGACCUACGUGCGGCGGCGCGAUCGAUACGCUGCCUCCCCUCGCCCCCGCCCCCGCAGCGCGCCCUGCACCUGCCAGACCACCGGCAGCUCCGUACCAAAAACCCCAUAACACCCUUAAAAAAAACCCCGUCAGAACCACAAAGUGCAAUCCAGUCAAUUCCAAUCGCAAGUGCAGGGCCGAAGGUCGUAGACCGACACUACCUCAAUUAUACACUGGUUGACGAGAAGUCUAUUUAUUUGUGUUUUUGUGGAUAUUUUUAAUUAUUACGCGUAGACAAGGCCGUCGUUUAUUUUGCUCGCAAAUGUCUGAUCAUUCUCGCCGUGGACGCGCGUGUGUUGCUCGUAUAGCCAGUGCAAGCGCGUAAAGUGCAGUUAUGGCUUCGAAGGUACUAGUGCCUGGACCGUUCGCCUCCCUUCAGAUAAAGAAAUCUCCACCGGAGCCGUCAAGCAGCGGGUUCUACAUCGGCAGCGGGGAUGCGACCGCUCGGAUCGCGCACCUCGAGCACAGCGUGCGCUUCCUCCAGGAGCAGCACCGGCAGAUGCUGAGCGGGCUGCACGCGGAGAUCGAGUCGCUGAGGGAGAGGAAUAGAGACUUACAAUUCCAACUGAUAUUCAACAAAGAGCCAUCCAAACCGAACGCAACCGGAGGUGACGACAAUGAAAAUCAGAUGACCGUACUACGGCGCGAGGUGGAGAGACUCGAAACAGAAGCGGCGGCGGCGCGAAGCGAAGCGAACACGUUCGAGCGAAAAGCGAUACAGUUGCAGCAGCUUGUCGAUGCGCAGGAACUCAAGCUCCGCUCGCUGGAGCAGCGCAGUGCUGGCGGGGCUGGCGGGGCGGGUGGUAGCGGGGCGGGCGGCGGCGCGGACGAGAGCCGCGCGGAGCUGCGCGCGCGGCUCGCGGAGGCGGAGCGGCUGGUGCGGCGGCUGCGCGGCGACGCGGAGCGGCAGCGCAGAGAGGUACUCGGGGGCGCGGGCGUCACCAACCUACUGUUCGACGGCGCGGCCGCACAACACGCGCACUUGCAGUGUAUGAAAAAUUCGUUAAUACGAGCGAGCGGUAUGGACGCGUUUGGCUUCCAAAACUUCCAAUAUCCACACAUGCACACUACAGACUUUUGGAGGGAACCACUUAGAGAAGAAUACAGCAUGGGAUCUCGAGGCAGGAACCACAGACGACCGAACACGCUGCCCGAACUCUCUGCAGUCGGACAGCAGAUACGCUCUACCGUGUAUGCUAAUCAUAUGCGAGUAAGAGGGCAUCCGGAAAGAGUAAAAAAAUCGCAUACAAUCAACGGGGAAACGCAUAAUGGGAAGAGUCCUGAAGAAUCAUCAGAUUACGCACGAUUAGAACCGAUAAAUAGAGAUAAUAUAGAGAAAGCGAACGGUAGUACCGUGCCCACAUAUCCUGAAUUAAAAAUUGUGGUCACUAAAAUAAUACCGCACGGAAACGUAAGCACAUCAACAUCAGCAGACGGCAAAUCGAGAACGCGUCGACCGCACCGUAAAAACGGUACAGAGCAAACAUAAUAAUCCAGCGCCAUCUGUUGACGCGAUGCUCUCACAAAUAUAGUCUCAUUAUGACAUUUAACGAUAUACUUUGACGUUUGCUUGUCAAAUGCACUAUAACCGCCUAAACGAUAGCAUACAAUAUGUGGCUGGAUAGACAUGCAAAGUAUAAUUUAUUAACAUGAUAUUAUUGUGACUUAAUAGUGAAGCUUUUUCUAUAUUUUUUGGUAACAUCAAAUUCGCUCAUUUGCGAAGAUCUAUCGAAAAUGUACCUACAAAAAAUGCUACAAAAUGAUUUGCUAGGCUGUGUACUUAAUUACACUUUUCACACACUUAAUAGUGUGAAAAGUAAGGGCAAGUGGCAACUUAAUAUUUUAGGAAUUUUAGACUAGUUUUAGAAAGUUUAAAAUUUACUAUUCACUUUUGACAUUCACUGUACCGAAGGUUUAAUAUUGUAAGGGCAGCUACACACAGUAUGAAAGGAAAGCGGGAAAUUUAAAAAAUGAUUACUCCAAGGUUUUGAAUGUUUAAAAAAAUAAACAAAUAUGACUGUGUUGUGUAUUGCAAAUGAAAAAUGUAUAGGAAAGUGCAUUUUGUAGGCUGUGAGACUGUACCUAAAACGAUUAAAGAUGGAUUUAAUUUACCUGUAAUAUGAAUAUACACGUUCAAUAAUAUGUAUAUUGUAUAAUGCAAUAUUAUGGUUCAUACAUGUAUCUUAUUAUUAUUAUCUUGCAUAGUGAUAUACAUGAAAAAAGGUUUGAAAAAAGGUUUUAUAGACAUAAAGUCUAGUGAUUUGAGUCAAUUGCCACUCGGUAGGUAUUUUAUUGGAGUUUUACUUAGAUAUUAAAUUAAAAUAUUUUAAAAAACAUGCAAAAAAAUUAUGUAGACUGAAAUGAGAUGAUGUACCUAAUGGCGCCAAAAGUAUCUGAUUGGACGUAGAAGAGACUAUUCAAAAAGAUGCCAAAUGUUGAUUUUUUUAUCGGUUUUUUUUUUUAAGUACCUAAGUACCCUACUUACUUAUAUGAAAUAUUUACAAGACUUGCAUAGCACUAAAUUUUAACCAUAGAUUGGAAGUGUAUGGACUAUUUUGAACAUUAGUCAAAAUAAUACUUUCGUAACUACUUAAUAAUAUUAUAAUAGUAAAGAAUAUGUUUUUUAAUAAACGCGUCAGUUCGAAUAGUCUUUCCAAAAAGAAAAUGUGAAAAGUGUUAACUGUGAUUUAAAUAAUUGUGCCUCAAAACAAAUACGCCUGGCUAUAACUGUCAUUCCCACAAAAUAAUAUUAUAUAUUAUUAUUAUAUAAGUGUCGUAUCUUCCUUAUCAAAUUAUUUUAACUUAGAGUCCAGUCCCAAUGGUGUUUAAUAAUAUAUUUAUUAAUUAGAAUGUGUUGCAACGUUCCAACUUUUACUUAACAAAAUAUGAACAAGCACCUCAAAACAGUGCUCAAACUCGUAAAAAAUAUUAAUAGAGAAAAUAUCAAAUAUCAAUUCCAAUUUAGAAUAAUUGCUAGUACUGCCAUUUAGAUGUUUUAAUAAACAUUUUCUUAUUGAAGAUAUGGAUAUUAUGUAUUGAAUAGGUAGGUACUGUGAAUAUAAUACGAAUAUUUUGCGGUUGUAAGGUUUACACUGAAUUCAGUCUAUUUCAGUAUGGAAAAGCAAUACCUAAUUAUAAAGCCACACUAUUUCGUACUGUAUUUGCCUUGGUAUGUAUUAGAGUUGAUUAUUCGAUAGGUGUAGUUGAAGUGAUAAAAUACUGUCUUCUUUUAUGGACGAUUCACACUUGAUGGAAUGCGAUCGACCUGUCAAGAAUCCAAAUAAAAUACAGUUAUUAUAAAGAUGAUGAGAUAAAAUAUAUGCAAUAUACUCUAACAAACUAUUGUUUAUGAUUUAAUUGUAAAAAUAUGAUGAUUUCCAAGUCGCGCUCGGUCAAAUGAGAAUCGUCUCUUCACUCACAAUAUAACUUUAAAUAUGCACAGAUGUAAAACAGUAUUUAUAAACGUGAAUCUAAUAAAAUGUAUAUAAAUUAAGUUACGACACAUUUGUGAAGCAACCUCUUAAGUUUUACGAUAUCAGAACAACUAUUUAUUGUAUAUUUUUAUGCAUAACUUUUGUACAUAAGUCGUCCUAGGAAAAGAAAAUUCGUAAUUUUUUGUUAGUCCAAUGACUGUUCAAAUCGAAUGAUUAGAUAAAACAAAAAAUAAUCUUUAAAUUAUAAUAUAACGAUUAACAUAUUAACACUCUGAAAUAUAUUAUGUAUCAACAAUUAUUAUGAUAUAAUUAGAGGCAGGGCUCUAGACGACUUAUGUGCAAAGUCCCUCUUAGCUGCAUUUGUGAGAGUGUUGACGUAGUAAUGCUAUCAUGUAGCCUUAUCAUAAUCUAAUUAUAUUAUAAACAAUUACUUAUAUUAUUAUGAAUGAAUUAUAUUUAUUGCCCAA